AUGGCCACUGAAGCCGAGCUGAGAGCAAUCUGGGAGGAAAAGCUGCAGCGAAUAUCUGGAGGGAAGAAGGAUGUAGACCGCGAAAAGAAAUUGGCAAAUUUUAGCCAGAUAUGGGACGCAGUUCUCCCUCGCAUUCAGCCAAAGAGCGUUCCAAUAGAGAAAGAAGGGAGUCAGGAGGCUGCAAUCUUUGCAAAGCUGGCAGAUCCGAGCGUUGGGAGAACUGCAUAUACGAUUGCAAUAGAUACGAUGCGCCAGAAACAAGAUCUCCUCCGCCAUGACCUUGAGAAAGCGAUAGACACCUGCGAAGAAACCGGAGACGCCGCGGCAUUCGCAGAAAUUUUUGAUACCUUGGCCAGAUGGCGAACGACUUGGUACGAGCCUUUCAAAAACAAUCAAAAGAUUAUAUCUUCGCAAGAGUUCACCACCAGCUUUAAUCUCAUCCUCCUUCACGCCCUACCUCCAACAUUUCCUGGAGCACUGACCGAAUUUCUUGAGGCAACACUCGUCAGCCCAGAUACAGCUUUUGAUCACACAUUCUCACUCCUCACAUCCUUGGGUCUAACGCGGAAUUUCGAGACACUCAUCUGUCGUGUAGCCUAUCGUGCGAUAGAGAGGAGGGUGGAAGAAGUCUGCCCAGGAGAGUGGGAGUCUCCGUGUCUCAGGGAUAUCCUAGAUUGGGUGAAGAACACGCUAGUCCCCUGGUCAACGCGCAUCUUUUCGUUUGACAAUGAUCCCAGUCAUUUAGCAGGUCACAGUGGAGACAAGAACAUCGGUCUCAAAUUCGAAUUUCACGUUUACAAGACCGUGUUCGACUUGAGAGUUUCGGAGCUGUUUGAUAUCAUCAGUGAUGUGGAAGGAGAGGCUCAGGUUUUGAAAGAUCUCAAAGAAUGUAUGGGACGAGUUUCUGGCCGAACGGAAAUUGUUCGCAGUAUCCGACAACAGAUUGCAAAGCGAUUACUCCACCCCGGAGCUGAUACGAAGGAUAUUAUUGAUUUCUAUAUCUCUAUGAUUCGUUGCCUCCGGGUCAUUGAUCGUCAAGGUGUACUUCUAUUUCGAGUGGCGGACCCUAUUCGAGCGUAUCUGCGGGAUAGACCUGACACUAUCAGCUACAUUGUCAGCCAACUUGUCGACGAGAAGAGUGAGCUAGCCCAAGAAGCGCAAGCUCCAAUCGUUUCCGAGAUGGAGCAUGAGGACUACUCUGAUCCAAAGUGGAUGCCAGAGCCACCUGAUGCUGGUCCAAAAUUCCGAACUAUGCGUCCCAGCGACCUCAUCAGUACUCUGGUCAGCAUUUACGACUCUCACGAACUGUUUAUCAAAGAGUUGCAAACUCUCUUUUCUACUCUUUUUCUGCAAUCUCGAGAGGAUUCCUUCGAUGCCGAGAAACGGCAACUGGAAAUUCUCAAGCUUCGCUUCGGCGACACUGCUUUGCAAUCAAUCGAUGUGAUGCUAGCGGAUAUGCAAUCCGCCGUCAGGGUCCACAAACAGAUACAGGAAACGGAAGAGUCCGUACUAAAGCCUGCAAUCAUCUCUCGCUGGUUCUGGCCAGAGGCUCCCGAACCAGAUACCUUCAAGAUGCCUGGACAGUUUGCAAUACUACAAGAGGAGUAUAACAAGCGGUAUCAAAAAGUCAAGCCAGACAAGCGAUUACACUGGGUGCAGAGCAUGGGCACCUUGAAACUCACCAUUGAGCUCUCAGACCGCCAAGUAGAAGUCAAUGCAACACCUCUGGAGGCCGCGGUCAUCGAACUCUUUUCCUCGAAGUCGAGCUGGCUGCAGGAAGAGCUGAGCAAGCAACUCGGUGUCAAGGAGAAGGAUGUGCUCGGUGCACUAAUCUCUUGGAACGAAGAGGGCGUUCUCGAGUUCAACAGCUACACCAAACGAUGGAUUCUAGUUGAAGAGGGCGAUGCUUCGCGAGUUCAACCAGCUCCAGCCCCCACAAUCGAACGAUUCCCAGAGCUUCAGCCGAGCGCCAUGAGCUCGCGUGAACAGCAACAUUGGCAGCAUAUCAAGGGAGCACUUUCCAAUUUUGGGACGUGUUCUACCGAACGUAUUCACAAACUCAUGAGGUACACUGCGGAUCCUAUCACCCUUGAUCAGCUCAACGCCCUAAUGGGACGACUACAAGCCGAUGGCCUCGUUGAGGGGAUGGAUAGUGUCUGGAGACUUAUAUAG